AUGGCACCCUCACUCGAAGAGCCUAUCGCUCAGAAAGUAGUGGCUGGCGACAACAAGUUUGGCUAUGUCCCCGGACGGACACCAGUCCAACAGCACGACGACUAUCCUCAUGAAGAUCUGCUUCCCUCUUUCCCAGACAUCCGUUGGGCCCCCAUUGGAGAGGUCCCCUAUACAGACCGUGGUCUUCGAGGAGACCCCAAGUUCCGCAAUCUACUGGCCGACGCCACGGCUGUCUUCGACUACAACCCCAAGAUUGGCACUGAGAUUCAUGGUGUCGACCUUGCAAAACUCACUGAUGCUCAAAAAGAUGACCUAGCUCGUCUGAUUGCGUACCGUGGAGUCGUUUUCUUCCGUUCACAAAAGUCUUUUGAUAUCGAAGCUCAGCGGAAACUUGGACAGCACUUUGGCACACUUCAUAAGCAUGCAACUACCUCUGUUCCCAAGAAGCAGGGUCUCGAGGAUGUCCACGUUGUUUAUACCGGCGACAACUCCGGCGAUAAUCGUGCGUUGUUCAGCCCAAGCUUCUUGUGGCACUCAGAUGUCACGUACGAAGUACAACCACCAUCGUACACAUCAUUAAAGCUUUUAGCUGGCCCUCCCAGUGGUGGCGGUGGCGACACGCUAUGGUCCUCACAAUACGCUGCUUAUGACGUCCUGUCGCCCUUCAUGCAGACCUAUCUCAAGGGCUUGACAGCAUUGCACUCUGCGGAUAUGCAAGCCAAUGACUCGCGCGCUCUCGGCCGGCCCGUCCGCCGCGAGCCCAUCACCACUGUUCACCCCCUCAUUCGAACCAACCCUGUCACCGGUUGGAAUGCUUUGUUCUUCAAUCCCGGCUUUGUGACUAAGAUCAUUGGGAUUCCCAAGGGUGAGAGCGAUGCCAUCCUCCGGUAUCUCACAGAUGUAGUGGCCACUACACAGGAAAUGCACGCUCGAUUCUCGUGGAACAAGGACGAUGUCGCUUUCUGGGACAACCGCACAACGACGCACUCUGCUUCAUAUGGAUUCGCUCCUCACCGGCGACACGCCGUACGAGUCUGCUGCCACGCCGAGCGCCCUGUGCUUGAGGAAUCGGGCAAGUCGCAAGAAGACGAGUUGAACGCAUUGUAUGGACUGCCACCGGUCAACAAGGACGGAUCGCGGCAGUCGAAUUACAAUGAUUAA